CGGCAAUAUGCAAACAAUAAAAACAACGAAAUUCAACAAAACACUUUACGCCCGAAUGAGUGAUUGAAUAUAAGGCGCAUCGCUGAAAGUAUUCUAGGCUCUUUUAUGCUAUAUUAUCCACUGUGCAUAACUGAUUCUGAGACCAUAGGUACUUUAUUGACGGCAGUAACCAUUUUUACCCCGCGAGUAAAAAAAAGUAACACAUUUACUGGACCUCAUUAUGUCAGAAUCACCAGUGCGGUCUUCGAGACGUGUGGUUUCUCGCCGGAAAGUGGUAGUAGAAUCGUCAGACGAAGGGGAGAAUGUGGAAGUCAAGGUUGAGGAAGAUGAUGAGGAGGAGUUUACACCUGCGCCGAAGCGUAGUCCACGAAAAGCGCCCCAAUCGAGGAGGAAGACAACGAACUCAAUCGCACCUACGCCUCGCACAGGCGGCCGAGCAAAAAAAAGCAUGGGAACAGAGAACAUGGAGCCGUCAGAAGUGUUCGAUCCUGAUCAGACGGCAACUCCAGCACCGGAAUCACCUACGAAAAAGGCAGCCCCGCGGAAGAGGAAGAGUGUGCUGCCCACCAGAAGUGCACGCAGCUCAAUUGCACCCGAAUCAAACCCACUUCUACCAGCCCCGACUACGUCAAAGUCUCCUGAGCCAUCUGAAAUGCAUGAUAGCACAGUUCUGACCGAUGUCAUAGAAAGGCCUAAGACCUCGGAGGGUCAAGCGUCAGAUGUCAAACCAAUACGAGCAAUGGAUACAAUCAUGGAAAAGCCCAUGGAUAUUGUACUUAAGUCAAGGACUUUGGCAGCUCCGGUGGUUGAGGAUACUGGUCCAAAAGCUCGAAUAGUCAUCACUUACUUGAUUCUUACGAAUUUCAAGAGUUACGCUGGCCGUCAAGAAGUUGGCCCUUUCCAUUCCUCUUUUUCUUCUGUCGUUGGCCCCAACGGAUCCGGCAAAUCCAACGUCAUUGAUUCUCUUCUUUUUGUAUUUGGCUUCCGAGCUAGUAAAAUGCGACAAGGCAAAAUUUCCGCAUUAAUUCACAACUCUGCAGCCUUCCCGGAUUUGGACCAUUGUGAGGUUGCCGUACAUUUCCAAGAAGUGAUGGAUCAGCCUGAUGGUACUCAUCAAAUCAUCCCCAAUUCUGAUUUAGUGAUAUCCCGCAGGGCUUUCAAAAACAAUGCCAGUAAAUAUUAUAUAAACGAAAAAGAGUCAAAUUUCACCAUUGUCACGACACUUCUUCGUGACAGAGGCGUCGAUCUAGAUCAUAAAAGAUUUUUGAUCCUCCAAGGUGAAGUCGAGUCAAUUGCUCAAAUGAAGCCAAAAGCUGCAAAUGAGCAUGAUGACGGGCUGUUGGAAUAUCUGGAGGACAUCAUUGGUACAUCCAAAUAUAAAACCCCUAUUGAAGAAUCCGCUGCCGAAGUGGAAACGUUGAAUGAAGUGUGUGUUGAGAAGAGUGGGCGGGUCCAGCACGUCGAAAAAGAGAAAAAUGCACUCGAAGGUAAGAAAGACAAAGCACUUGCUUACAUCAGGGACGAAAACGAAUUGUCUAUGAAACAAUCAGCACUAUAUCAAGUUUAUAUCAAUGAGUGUGGUGAUAAUCUAGCAGUUACAGGAGAGGCUAUUGGCCAGAUGCAGGCACAGCUAGACGCUGAGAUGGAAAAACAUCAAGGCAACGAAGCAGGUAUCAAGCAGCUUGAAAAAGAAUACAAGAAGGGUCAGAAGGAGUAUGAAUCUGUCGAAAAGUAUACGCAAGCAAUUCUCAAGGAGAUGGCUAACCUCGAUCAAGAGCGGGUGAAGCUUGAAGAGAAAAGGAAAUUCUUGACAAGCAAACAGAAGAAGCUGGAAAAGACAAUAAAUACAUCCGAAUCAGCUAUUUCCGAAGCUCGGGCUACAAUCGAGAAGUGUGCAGAAGAAAUCCAGGAAUCCGCCGCUGAAAUCACUGCAACUGAACAGAAGAUGGCCGAAGAAGAGUCAGAGCUCGCUAGUAUCAGGGAUAGUCUAAAGGGGAAAACGCAAAAAUUUUCCGAUCAAAUUGCGGCCAAGCAGAAGUCAUUGGAGCCCUGGAACGAGAAGAUUAAUCAAAAACAAUCAGCGAUUGCAGUAGCAGAAAGUGAGCUCGCGAUCCUACAUGAGAAGGCAAAUGCGGGUGCUGUGGCACUCCGGGAGAUCCAAUCAAAGGUGCAGACUAUAGAAGAAAGUAGGCAGGCUAAGCUCGAAGAACUUGAGCAAUGCAAGGGCCAAAGAGCGAAGCUGGAGAAAGAUGGUGCCCGAUUACAAGCCGAGCUCACGCAGUUGUCCCAGAAAGAGCCAGAGUUCCGUUCUAAACUAUCAGGUGCUCGUCAAAAAGCCGAUGAAGCGCGUGCUAGUCUUUCGAACACUCAAACUCAAGGGAAUGUUCUUACGGGACUAAUGAGACUUAAAGAGUCUGGUCGGAUUGAUGGUUUCCAUGGCCGGCUUGGAAAUCUAGGCACAAUCGACCAGCAAUUUGAUAUUGCAAUUUCUACCGCAUGUGGUGCCCUGGAUAAUUUUGUCACAGAUACAGUUGACGCUGGUCAGCAGUGUAUUGAAUAUCUUCGAAAAACCAAUCUUGGACGAGGUAAUUUCAUGUGUUUGGACAAAUUAGGAAACCGUGACUUGUCGCCCAUCCAAACACCGGAAAACGUCCCUCGUCUCUUUGAUCUUAUCAAACCAAAAGAUGACAAGUUUAGACCAGCAUUUUUUCACUCACUACAAAAUACACUUGUAGCGAAAGAUUUAGCACAAGCUAACCGCAUCGCUUAUGGGGCAAAAAGAUGGCGUGUCGUAACUUUGGAUGGCCAAUUGAUUGAUAAGUCAGGUACGAUGUCUGGUGGUGGAAAUACUGUCAAGAAGGGUCUGAUGUCUUCGAAACUUGUGGCCGAAGUCUCCAAAGAGCAAGUCUCAAAGUUGGAAGUAAACAGGGAUGAGCUUGAACAGACUUUCCAGAAGUUUCAAACCCGCCAAAGAGAUCUAGAGACAAGACUUAAAGAUAUAAACCAUCAAAUACCACAACUUGACACUAAAAUGCAAAAGCUCGUUCUGGAGGUAGAGAGUUCUGAGCGAAACUUGGCAGACGCACAAAGACGCAUCAAGGAACUGAGCAAGGAGCACCAGCCCUCACAAACAGACGACAUUCGCGUGUCUGCACUAAAUAAAGACAUCGCGAAGCUUCAAACAGAAAUCGAGAAGCUUCAUGCUGAAACAGCGAGCGUUGAGGAGGAGAUCAAAGCUCUUCAGGAUAAGAUCAUGCAGGUUGGUGGCGAGAAGCUUCGUGCUCAGCGUGCCAUGGUGGACUCCUUGAAGGAAGAGAUUGAUACCCUCAGCCAGGCCAUGUCAACAGCUGAAGUAACAAAAACCAAAGCUGAAAAACAAGUCGUUAAGCACGAAAAAGAUCAUGCCAAGGCUACCAAGGAGAUGCAGGCUUCCAUUGCCGAGCUAGAAGCACUAGAAGAGGAGAUUCAAAAUCAAGGAUCAAAUUCUGAAGGAUCACAAGCCAGAGUCGACGAAGCCCAAGAGACCUUGAAAGAAAAGAAGAAGGAGCUUAAUGCUUUGAAAGCCGAUCUUGAUGAGAAGACUUCCGAGCUCAAUGAGAUCCGUGCAAUUGAGAUAGAGAUGCGCAACAAGCUUGAAGAGAACCAUAAAGUAUUAGCAGAAAACCAAAAGCGACUAAAAUAUUGGCAGGAAAAGUUGGGCAAACUUACUUUGCAAAAUAUUGGUGGCCUGGGUGAAGGAGCUGAACAGGAAGAACUUCCCACUUUCACCAGAGAUGAACUCGCAGAUAUGAGCAAGGAGGCAUUGAAAGGAGAGAUUGCAAUUCUGGAAGAGAAAACUCAGAAUGUCAAUGUCGAGCUAGGUGUUCUUGCAGAAUAUCGUCGAAGAGUCGAAGAACACGCUACAAGGAAUCAAGACUUACAAAUUGCCGUAACUCAAAGAGAUAUGGCAAAGAAACGCUGUGAUGAUUUACGCCGUCUACGUCUGGAAGGUUUCAUGGAAGGUUUCAGUACGAUUUCCCUUCGACUCAAAGAAAUGUACCAGAUGAUCACAAUGGGAGGAAACGCCGAACUGGAACUGGUGGACUCGCUAGAUCCAUUCUCCGAAGGAAUCCUAUUCAGUGUGAUGCCACCGAAGAAGUCUUGGAAGAACAUUUCAAACUUGAGCGGUGGUGAAAAGACAUUAAGCAGUUUGGCACUUGUUUUUGCUUUGCACCACUACAAGCCAACACCCUUGUAUGUGAUGGACGAGAUCGAUGCUGCUCUUGAUUUUAGAAAUGUAAGUAGAAUUCUCUGCCUUGUUGAAUGUACUUUGCUGACAUAUCCAGGUUUCUAUCGUAGCAUCUUACAUCAAGGAACGAACCAAAAACGCACAAUUCAUUGUUAUCUCACUGCGGAACAACAUGUUUGAACUCGCAAGUAGAUUAGUUGGUGUAUACAAGGUCAAUCAUAUGACCAAGAGUGUGACGAUAGAGAAUAAGGAUUACAUUACGGGCCGAGCGUAGUGAGAUGAAAGAUCUCAUAGCUGUGUUUUGUUAUUGUUCUACAGGAGUUGGAUAAACGUUGUAGACGUAUUGGAUGUAUCACGAUUAUUAAUGAGACUAUUAAUGAGAUCAUGCCUUUUGUUUUU